AUGCCCUGCGUCAGGAUCGCUUGCGACGGGUUGCCCUCUAUACACCUGUCCUCUCUCGCCACCUACCCCAAACCCCACUCUAUACAAACAGUGAGUGAUUCCUUCCUUGAGCGACAUCUCAUACUCGAGCUGAUGACAAGCUCCCCCUCGCUCUGCAGUGCCUUACACUGCCGGUUCGUCACCUUUGUUUCUCUGCGGCCGUCGCGUCGUCGUCGUUCGGCUUCGUUGUCCCGUCUGGGCCAAUCGCAGCUCGCUAAUUCGCAUCUUUUCGCCCCCUGAAAUCAUCGCCUCUUUCUCGCUUGGCUUUGAUCUCACCAAAAACAGGUGACGCCAAAAAGGGUGCUUCCCUGUUCAAGACACGUUGCGCUCAAUGCCACACCGUUGAGGCUAAUGAAGGUCAGUCUCCCAUUCGAUCCAUCCCUUUCGCCCCUCCCCCCCCCCCCCCCCCCCCCGGGGUCUCGCGCUACGCUGCGGAGCCUCGGUCACGAUCGGGCUUCUGGGGUGCCUACACAGCCACGCAGCAUCUUGUCCCUCUUUUCGAACACCAUUUGACCCAGGUGCUCCGUUACCAUCGCAGGCAACAAGGGUGAGUACCGCUUCAGCAGGCCGCGGCUUUCCGUUUUCGACUGGGGCCAGUCAAAAGUUGGAAGACCGACACACAAGCCUGCGAGACGGCCCGGGCCGGUGACGAUCGUCCGCGCCGCCCAACAAGCGAAGGGCUGCGAUGACGAUCCCGAGCCUUCUCGACUCUGGGCGAAUGCGACUUCGUGCUGCGUCGUGAUGUUUUUGGGCCAUCGGCGGAGUGGUAGCGUGGCAAGGGGGAUUGGGGUGAUGGACCAGAGGUUGUGAUCGAUCACGUCGAUCAGACACUUGGGCUCGACAUCGGUCGAGCUAUAGUCCUCGCACGAACUGGACGCUUGGACACACAAGCUUUGGCGACCGAAUAGUUAUACUGACUCGACUCCCUUGCUCUGCUCGCUUUCGUGUUACCCAGUCGGCCCUGCUUUGCACGGUCUUGUAAGCCUUUUCACCCAACCUCGAGGCUCGCGCGCCCUGCAGAAACUGACCACCAGCACCUCGUCAUCACUCACAGUUCGGCCGACAGUCCGGUAGCGUCGAGUCGUACUCGUACACCGAGGCCAACAAGAAGGCGGCCGUUCACUGGAACGAGGACACGCUCUUCGAUUACCUCUUGGACCCCAAGAAGUACAUCCCGGGCACCAAGAUGGCCUUUGCCGGCCUCAAAAAGGACAAGGAUCGCAACAAUCUCAUCGCCUACCUCGCGGAGGCCACCCGCCCCAAGGACGGCACUGCUUAA